AGUGUCUGAUGUCUUUUGUUUCUUUCAGUAAAGACAUGACAGGAACUUGGUUAGCAUCAGCCAAGUAAAUUAAACAACCCCAAGGCUCCUUUCGUCAUAUGAACUUGGUUGCUUUAAAUUCGUGUUUUAAUUACUGCUACCCUUGAAGAUAUUAACGUAAGCAAACAUGAAGAAGCACCGAAGAUGGCUGUGGAACAAUGGAAAGGUGAUUUCAUUAGCAUUAUGCCAGAUGAGAUCCUUUUUUACAUCCUUUCCUUUCUCCCUACCAAAACUGUGGAGCAGACAUUUCACCUAUCAUCAAGAUUGAGAAAUUUAUGGAACAUGUCUCAGGUAAGACAUGGAACCUUGCAGGAUAUUCCUAGUGAAGUUUCUAGUUUUAUCAAAAGUUUUUAUGAACUCGAUUCAAUAAGGCUCUUCGGAGACUUGAGUUUCACUUUGGCAGUGACAGCUUCCUCAUUGGUACCAUUCUGGCCAAUAAUGGCUUCUACCGGGAUUUUCUUCAUCAAAGGAGGAGCUCUCGAGUCCAUUUGAGUGUAAACUGGAUUUCAGUGUCUGUUCAUCCUCUUCCCCCUUCCAUUUCCUUUGUCAAAGCUCUUCAUUUAAAAUCAGUGGAUUGUCUCACCAAUGAAGUUAUGUCCAUUUUGGUCUCAAAUCUUCGGUUUCUUGAAAACUUGAAAAUUACUGAAUGUGUUGGAUUUAGAUCAUUGCUUAUCAAUGCCAGCUCGAAGCUCUGUUGCUUAACCGUUCUGGACUGUCUCCAGCUUAAAUCUGCAUACAUCAAGGCCAGUAAUCUUAGAACACUUCGGUUAAGAGGGUCACUUCCCCUGUUUUGGCUUGAUAAUUACUCAUAUGUACCGAAACCAUACAUGGAAGAUGUCAUGCUUGAUUUCAGAAGAGGUCCUGGCUUUAUGAAUAAAAGCAACAACUUUCGCUACUUUCUUUUUGUCAUAACAGAUGUCAAGAUUCUUACACUUCGUUCUUGGACAUUUAAGGUUUGUUUCAACCAUUUCUGUAUUCUGAUUUUGAAUUAGAGAGUUUUUUCCCACUUGUAAAAUGACCUACCAUCAAUUUAACAGCUUAUGAAUAAAAGAGUUGUGUAUGUCUGAUUUCAGGAAUAUGUCGAGCCAUGGCUAUCCUCCUGAUAUACAGACUAUUGGUUCCGUGAACUAAAAGAGUUAUGGUGGAUUGAUGAUUCAGUGGAACAAAAUAAGAUUGAUGUCUUGGU